AUGUAUUUCUGGGUAAAAACAAUACUUUACCCAGUAAUCAUUGCUGCAGAUUUGAAAGAGAAGCAAGUUAGAGUUCUUGUUAAGGUCCUGCAAAGAUAUAAGAAAGUGAUCGAAUGGACCAUUGUUGAUAUAACAGCAAUACCUCCUGGAAUCUGCACUCAUAAAAUUUUAUUGGAGGAGGAUUAUAUGCCUAGCAUUGAACAUCAGAGAAGAUUUAAUCCACCUAUGCAAGAGGUGGAGUUGCUAGCAGUGGUAUAUGCCUUUGAGAAAUUUAGGGCAUACUUGUUGGGUAUGAAAGUGAAAGUACAUUCUGACCAUGCAGCCCUGAGAUACUUAAUGGCAAAGAAAGAUGCAAAGCCAAGGUUGAUCAGAUGGAGGUUAGAAGAUGAGAAAGAAGAUGGGGAUGGGAUGGAGAUUAAUGACUCAUUCCUAGAUGAGCAGGAUGUAUUUAAUCUGGUUAAAGGGUAUGACAAGUGUCAGAGACAAGGAGCAAUAUCAAUAAAACAUGUGCUCCCUAUGACUCCGAUCUUAGAGGUGGAAAUCUUUGAUGUCUGGGGCAUCAAUUUUAUGGGGACAUUUGUUCGUUCUUUCAGGCAGAAGUAUAUCCUAGUGGUUGUUGAUUAUGUCUCCAAAUGGGUAGAAGUAGUGGCACUAGCAGACAAUGAAGGUAAACGUGUUGCAGGAUUUUUGAAAAAGAACAUUUUCUCUAGGUUUGGUACACCUAGGGCAAUCAUUAGUGAUGGGGGUUCUCAUUUUUGCAAUAAGGUGUUCAGGACUUUGCUAGCUAAGUUCGGGGUGAAACAACAUAAAGUGGCUACUCCUUAUCAUCCACAGACUAGUGGGAAAGCUGAGGUGUCAAACAGAGAGAUUAAGGAAAUAUUGGCAAAGUUCGUAAAUGCCAAUAGGACUGACUCGACAAGGAAACUUGAUGACGCUUUAUGGGCAUAUUGGACAGCUUUUAAAACACCCAUUGUUAUAUCUCCAUACCAAUUAGUGUUUGGAAAGGAAUGUCAUUUUCCCAUGGAGUUAGAGCACAAGUCCCUAUGGGAUCUUAAAAAGUUAAAUCUGAGUUGGAGUGAUGCCGCGAACAUGUGCUUGGAACAAAUCAAUGAGAUGGAUGAAUUCCAUCUAAGGGCAUACAAAAGGUCUGCUCUCUACAAAGAAAGGAUGAAGAUCUACCAUGACCGGUGA